CUCCCGACGCGAACCCGAUCCAUCCCACCCCACUUCGUUCGACAUCCUCUCUCUCCCUCUCUCUCUCUCUGUCCAUAAACCCUAGAGGGAACCGCACCAUGGAUCUCCUCAAGGGCUACGCCGACGAGGACGAGGACAUGAAACCCUCGGAAGAGGAAUCAUCAGAUCCAUCAAACCCUAGCGGCCACGGGGGCGCGGCGGCGGCGGCGGCGGAGGCGCCCUCGUCGCCGGAGUCGGGCUCCUCCUCGUCCCCUCCUCGCCUCUCCCUCGGGUCCAAAUCCUCCGCCCCGUCCGUGGACGAGACGGCGCUCGCCCUCACGGCGGCGGGCUCGGCGCGCUCCGCCCACCGCCCCCUCGACCCGACGCAGCACGCCGUGGGCUUCAACCCCACCUACGACCAGCUCUGGGCCCCCGUGCUCGGCCCCGCCCACCCCUUCGCCAAGGACGGCCUCGCCCAGGGCCUCCGCAACCACAAGCUCGGCUUCGUCGAGGACGCCGCGAUCCAGCCCUUCCUCUUCGACGAGCAGUACAACACCUUCCACAAGUUCGGCUACGCCACCGACCCCUCCGGCCUCUCCGUCGUCGGCGACCUCGACACCCUCGCCGCCAACGCCGCCCUCUCCGUCUACAACCUCCCCCCGCAGGAGCAGAAGCGCCGCCGCCUCCACCUCAAAUCCAGAGAUCACGACGCCGACGCCGACGCCGGCGCCGGCGCCGGCGCCUCCUCGGCGGACGCCGAGAACCCGGCCACCGACGACUGGCUCCUGAAGAACCGCAAGAGCCCGUGGUCCGGGAAGAAGGAGGCGGUCCAGGGCGAGCUCACGGAGGAUCAGAGGAAGUACGCCGAGGCCCACGCCCAGAAGAAGGCGGAGAAGGAGGGCCGGGGCGAAGGCGGGAGAGGGGACAAGCCCGAGCUCGUCGUCAAGAGCACCUUUCACGGCAAGGAGGAGCGCGACUACCAAGGCCGCUCGUGGAUUGCGCCGCCCAAGGACGCCAAAGCCACCAACGACCACUGCUACAUCCCCAAGAGAUUGGUUCACACAUGGAGCGGCCACACGAAAGGGGUCUCCGCCAUCCGCUUCUUCCCCAAGCACGGCCACCUCCUCCUAUCUGCUAGCAUGGACUCCAAGGUUAAGAUUUGGGACGUGUUCAAUUCCGGCAAGUGCAUGCGCACUUACAUGGGCCAUUCGAAAGCAGUUCGCGACAUCUCCUUCUCCAACGACGGCUCCAAAUUCUUGAGCGCGGGCUACGACAAGAACAUCCAGUAUUGGGACACCGAAACUGGCCAGGUGAUCUCCACUUUCUCUACGGGAAAGAUCCCCUACGUUGUUAAGCUGAACCCGGACGAAGAUAAGCAGAACAUUCUUCUCGCGGGGAUGAGCGAUAAGAAGAUCGUCCAAUGGGACAUGAACUCUGGUCAGAUCACGCAGGAGUACGAUCAACAUCUAGGGGCGGUGAAUACCAUCACUUUCGUGGAUAACAACCGAAGGUUUGUUACUUCGAGCGACGAUAAGUCCCUUAGGGUUUGGGAAUUUGGGAUUCCGGUGGUUAUAAAGUACAUCAGCGAGCCCCACAUGCACUCCAUGCCGUCGAUAUCUCUACACCCGAAUUCGAAUUGGCUUGCGGCCCAGAGCUUGGACAAUCAAAUACUUAUUUAUAGCACAAAGGAGAGGUUUCAGCUGAACAAGAAGAAGAGGUUUGCUGGGCAUAUUGCGGCAGGGUACGCGUGCCAGGUGAAUUUCUCUCCGGACGGGCGGUUUGUGAUUUCGGGCGACGGAGAGGGGAAGUGCUGGUUUUGGGAUUGGAAGAGUUGUAAAGUGUUCAGGACUUUAAAGUGUCACGACGGUGUUUGCAUAGGUUGCGAAUGGCAUCCGUUGGAGCAGAGCAAGGUGGCGACUUGUGGAUGGGAUGGCAUGAUCAAAUACUGGUAA